GCUUUGAGAACUAAUUUUGCAAUAUAUUUUCGGUCUCUCUCGCUCCCCCUGUGUGUAAGGUAACUUUGCACACGUGUGUAAGCUAUACAAAAAACAAACAAUCAACGAUUAGAGUUAGCUACCUUCAUUAGCCCCAUAAAAAUAAUUAUUAAGGAUCUCAAGCAUAUUAUUUACUCAUGUCAAGUUGUCAACAAAUAACUUUAAUUUGAUUGUAAAUUCUUGCACGAUUAUUAAUUUGCAGUUUUAUGUUUCUGCGGCAAUGGGAGUACGAUUGUUUUCUAAAGAAGAUGUACUACUCUAUGUUAAGGAAGGGAAGAUCUCCAGUUGUGAUAUUAAUGGACAAUGCGACACAAACUCUCGAGAUAAUAUCCUUGCAGAAGUGGAGUUCAACCCAUCUGAGCUGCCACAUGGCUGGGUGAAGGAAUUGGAAUACAGAAAAACAUUGGAACGAACAAGGAAAGACCAGCAUGAGAGUUUCCGCAAAAGGCUUAUGAAAAAUGUGAUGACUAAUACAUCUCAAGCAAGUCCGUCGAUACCUAGAAGAUUAAAAAUUGGGAAAAAUAUAAAUCUCAAUGAGCGAAAUUUUAGUGUUUAUGGGGACAACAACACCUCUACAAACUUAUAUUCACCAGAUGAGAACCAAAAAAUCAAGAAGAAAAGCAUGAAGGCUAAUGGGAAAGAAGCAUACUCCUCCAAAACUAUAAGGCGUCCAACAGGGAGGCCAUCUGAAGUAGUGACGCAAACUGAUGGAGACAUAUAUGUGGAAUAAGAAUAGACGGUGAAAACAAAAAAUGACUAGGUUUCAAAGGGAAAACAAACAUGGGACUAGGCAAUGAAUAAAUGGUUGGCACAUUAAACCAGGAUCUAAACUAUAUAAAGCACCAAUGGAAGUUACAAGACAUAUUUGGCCAUCAUUUGGUAUUGCUUUUGUUUUAUUUAUUAGUACGAAGUUUAGUCGGUCUUUAGAAUAAAAGGGGGAUAUGAUCCCCUAGACUUAAUUGGGUUGAAUGAUUGUCGAAGACCUCAAUAAAUUAUGUUAAUAUGUUCCUUUUGUGCAUGAGGUUUGGAUCAGAGGAAAUUUGAGGCAAA